GUUUGUUUCUAAAGGAGGAGACUCGCGCAAACACCGGAAAACACCCAUUCUUUCAGUGUUUCUCUCGUAGCAGAAGUGGAGAAGUGCGGUCUGAAAACACAGUCCUCUGGUAGCAGAAAGAAAAUGAAGCGCAGAAAUAACCGUGAUGUUACAGAGACAUACUUUAAGGGAGAACAUUUGAGUCUGUCAGACUUAAAAGAACAGCGUAUAGUACAGAACGGGUAUCUGUAUAAAAACAACAUUCCUGCUUAUCCUGAAUCUGUGGAGUUCCAUGUCCAGAAAGUGUCUCAUGUCACUGGAGUACAAGGUCUUAAUGGUAUUUUUCACAAUUCAGGCUUCAGACAGCCAUUGGAGAUGGUGGCUAGUGGUCAGCACCAUUUCCUCUGGUGGGAUUUAUCAGUCACAUCUGAUGACAUAUCCUCAGCUGAAGAGCGUUUCCUCACGUCCUUGUUCCCUCAUCGAAGUGCUGCCCAACUUCGCGGCCAGUCGCCUGUCCUUGAGCACUUCACCACCUCAAAUGCCUUCCAGAAAAAAUCUUCCUAUGGAAAUUUCCGCUUCACCUUUUCAUUUAAGCAGCUUCUCUGGCACUAUGUGAACCAAUUCUGUGAUGGCCAAAGUCCAGUUCUGCGUGUUUUUGAGACUGUGGUCUACCGGCGAGAGAUUCUCUAUAAGAUCCUAGUGCACCCUCGUGACAUACAUAUGUAUGAUGAGCAUUAUCCCCGACUGCCUGGUCAGGAGGAUGGUGUAUGUGGAUACCAUGAUGGUGCCUUGUGGUGGCGCUGUCAAGCUCCCUCUGAAACCUACAAGCUGAAGCUUGAGGUAAACCAGUUGAAUUGUAGUGUUCAUGUGAGCCCUCACAGAGAAGAAUACUAUGUGUGGGAUCAUGUGUGUGUAGCUUUCCACAUGGAGCCAGGAUGGGUGUUGAAAGUGGACCAGAACAAGCUGUUAAAAAGUGUGAAUGCAUGUGAAAUGUCUCAACCUUUUCUUCUGAGAGCUCCGGAGACUCCACUGAGUUUAAAUGAGGCUGAGCAUGUAUUAGCUAAUCUUAAGGCCAGUAUGGUCUAAGCUGGUGUUUAAAGCUAAACUCACUGCAUUAAACAGUAAUGUCACUCAUGUUUGUUUGAUUAAAAUUCUUAAAGUGCACAAUUGUAAGAAAAGUUUGUAAACCCUGUUCUGUAUGUAUGUUGCUUUACUGUAAUGUCUUAUUGUUCAUUGCUCUGCAAUUAAAAGGUUUUAACUAA